AGGCCACCGUCACCACUGGGGCACCAGAGGCCACCUUCGUCACCACUGGGGCACCAGAGGCCACCGUCACCACUGGGGCACCAGAGGCCACCUUCGUCACCACUGGGGCACCAGAGACCACCUUCGUCACCACUGGGGCACCAGAGGCCACCUUCGUCACCACUGGGGCACCAGAGGCCACCUUCGUCACCACUGGGGCACCAGAGGCCACCUUCGUCACCACUGGGGCACCAGAGGCCACCUUCGUCACCACUGGGGCACCAGAGGCCACCGUCACCACUGGGGCACCAGAGGCCACCUUCGUCACCACUGGGGCACCAGAGGCCACCUUCGUCACCACUGGGGCACCAGAGGCCACCUUCGUCACCACUGGGGCACCAGAGGCCACCUUCGUCACCACUGGGGCACCAGAGGACACCUUCGUCACCACUGGGGAACCAGAGGCCACCGUCACCACUAGGGCACCAGAGGCCACCGUCACCACUAGGGCACCAGAGGCCACCUUCGUCACCACUGGGGCACAAGACAACAAGGACCAACUGUACAUGGUGAACACAUAUCAACCUUAA